GGGACCGAAGUACCAUCUCUUGGCCCACACCACCCUGUCACUGUCACACGUCCAGGACAGCUUCCGCACACAUGACCUCAGCAUCUCGGGCAACGAGGAGUGUUCACACUGGGUGCCUCUCUACGGCAAUGUGUGUUGUCGCCUGGCUGCCCAGCCUCACUGUAUGACCCAACAGAUGAUGAGCGGCUGCUUGAAGGUCAAGCAGUUUGGAGGUGACCCUCAGAGUUGGACAAACGUCUACGGCGUCCUUAAAGGGACAAACCUUUUCUGUUACCACCGGCAAGAGGAUGUAGAGGCUAACAUAGAGCCGGCUUUUACCAUUUCCAUCAAUAAGAAGACGAGAAUACGGGCGUCAGAGAAGGACCGCCACAAUAAGGCCCAGAGUAUCUGUAUCAGUAACCAUUAUGGAGGAGAGGAGGUGACACACACACUCUCAGCAGACAGUCGUGAAGACACACACCGCUGGAUGGAGGCCUUCUGGCAACAGUUCUAUGACAUGAGCCAAUGGAAGCAGUGCUGUGACGACUUAAUGAAGAUUGAGCUGCCAUCGCCCCGGAAACCAACCCUGGUCACAUCGAAACAGGGUUCUCUUUACCACGAAAUGGUUAUUGACACCUCUGAUGACAUCAGUACGGUGACGGACAUCCUGGCGCGGCGGAUGGAGGAGCUGGAGCUGAGGAGCCAGCUGGGGACCUCUCCUCCCUGGAUGUCCCUGUUCGAGGAGUCUCCUGGUUGCCCCCGCACCCACAACCGCCUCCCCCACAGCCCCCUGCGCUGCCCCCGGCCCGGCCUGCUCUCCUCAGAAGCCAGCCUGACCUCGGACAGCGACAGCCCCUGCAGCACCAGCCCUUGCUCCCGCUACAGUGGCUGGGCAGAGCCCCUCUCCCUCUCCUCCCCCUCCUCACACUUCCGCCCCCGCACCCUCUCCCUGGACGCCAAGCUCAGCACCCUCAGGGGCAGGGGGUAUGGAGGGGUGUUACAGUGCUCCUGUCAGCCCCCCUCCUCCUCCUCCCUUGCCCCCAUCCCAGCCCAAUGCGUCCCCCAGGCCACCCUGUCCUGCUCCAGCUCUACCUCCAGUAACAGCUCCAGCGAGGGCAGCCACAGCCCUGAGUUGUCAGACGGCACCCCUUUCUCACGCCCCUCUUCGGCCCGUCAGAGCCUCAGGAACUUGAGGGCUAAACUGGACCCCCGGAAUUGGCUCCAGAGCCAGGUAUAACCCAGCUCAGACCCCACUCAUCUAAACCACAGAGCCAGGUAUAACCCAGCUCAGACCCCACUCAUCUAAACCACAGAGCCAGGUAUAACCCAGCUCAGACCCCCAGAUCACCCAAGGUCCUGGUAAGAACUGACAGGAAGGAAGCCCCCACUUCCUCUCUGAUGAAAGGGCGUUGGUAUUAACUGGAAUGACUUCACUCUAAUGACAGGAGAAUUGUGAAUUGUCAGUGUAUGGGAAUGUUUAGUAUCUGAAUGUGGUCAGAGGGUUGUUGGUGUAACUUGUGAUCUAUUCAAAUGGCUAGACCCACUGUCGCCUGUAAUAGCAAUUAAAUCCUGCCAGAAAAAGUCCUCUGAAACUACUAAUACACUGAUUUGCUUAUUGCAUGAUAGUGCUCGAAGUCGAGGAAUGUGUUGUUUCAGAUCUUUAAACUUCUCAGAAAGUGAAUGAAUUUUGAAAGCUCAACUUAAUGCAACUGUGCUCCCAUUAAUUUACUGUGCUACUUGUUACUACUGUGAUAACAUCAGGGUCACUUCCUCGGCUGGGUUUCCAGAACUUCCCCUACAUUCAUUAACACAUUGUAGGCCUAA